UGCCCGUCCCACGUCUCUAUGGCGACCCUAACGGCCGACUGGGUCGCSGAGCGAGAUGAGCGCGGGCGCUGACGGCGGCGGCGCUGCGGCGGCGCUGUCCCGAGAGGGUAGUCCCGCGAAGGAUGGCUUCGUCCCGUCGGCACUGGGGACCCGAGAGCAUUGGGAUGCUGUCUAUGAGAGAGAACUACAAACUUUUCAAGAAUAUGGAGAUACAGGAGAAAUCUGGUUUGGGGAAGAGAGUAUGAAUCGACUAAUAAAGUGGAUGCAGAAACACAAGAUUCCACUGGAUGCUUCAGUGCUUGAUAUUGGAACUGGAAAUGGUGUUUUCCUGGUUGAACUUGCAAAAUUUGGUUUUUCUAAUAUUACUGGAAUUGAUUAUUCUCCUUCUGCAAUUCAGCUUUCUGGAAAUAUUAUAGAGAAAGAAGGGUUAUCUAACAUUAACUUGAAGGUAGAAGACUUUUUGAAUCUUUCCACAAAGCUGUCUGGAUUUCAUAUUUGUAUUGAUAAAGGAACUUUUGAUGCCAUCAGCCUUAAUCCUGACAAUGCUUUUGAGAAGAGGAAGCAGUAUGUGAAAUCUCUCUCCAGCGUGUUAAGAGUAAAAGGUUUUUUCCUAAUAACUUCAUGUAAUUGGACCAAGGAAGAGUUGCUAAAUGAAUUCAGUGAAGGAUUUGAACUUUUUGAAGAGCUGCCGACACCCAAGUUCACUUUUGGAGGCAGAUCUGGAAACAGUGUAGCAGCAUUGGUUUUCCAAAAAUCGUGAGACUUUUCCUGGGACAAUUUCAGGUAGCUUUUUUAAAGAAGCUACACAGCAUAGUAAAAAAAAAAGGAAUCAUGAGCAUGUAGACAACCAACAGUAAUUUAAAAUCUUUUGUAUUUGAAAUGUAAAUAUUUUUCUUUUUGAUUUAAAAAAAAAUCCCCUGUAACUCUAAACAGUUAAAAACUUAAAAGUAGUAAAUGAAUUUACAAAAAGCAUGUAUUCUUUAGUUUUGUGCCUUGGUAAAGUCGAAUUGAAUGGAGCUAUUUUUGAAGAUUUGACCAAACCAUUCCAGGGCCAGAAAAAUAAGCAAAACAAUUUUAUUAAACUAUGAACCAUAAUAAGAAAUACUACUUUGGGUAGAAUGGUGGUUAUUUUCAAAAUUAACAUCUGGGAAAAGAUUGGCAUUCAUAUAUAGUUAAAUAAAAUUAGAGAAAUCUGCUAGUUGAUCAAGAAAUAUUUAUUGAGCCUAUAUUUUGUAGCUGAUGGUAUUUUACACUGUGAAGAUAAAUGGGUAAUAGGAGGUAAUAAAACUAAGGGAUAUUAUUAUAUCCUAGCCCUGUGUUAAGUUAUAUUAUUAUUAUGUCUUUGAAUUCUCCCAGUAUCUUCUUGGUGUAUAUUAGGAAACAGAAGCUUAUACAUGCUGGAACCAGAUUCUUAUUUGACUCUAAAACCCAUUCUCUACUUACGUAGUCUACUUCCCAGGGGCCAAAUCUCAACCUUUGUAGCAUUAACAGGUGAUUGGGGAACUAGGAUUAUUACAUAUAACAUUCGUGAGAAAAGUCAAUCAGUUAUUUUUAGGAGCUAUGCAGCUCCUUGUUAGUGGUGAUUGCUAACAACUUGCUAGUGUACUCUGCAUGAAGAGUCAGCCAGCUGAGUCUCAUUGUCCUUUAUUACUUUUCACCAUCUCUUGUCUUGAAUGACUUGCCUCUAUGGAGAACUGGAGUUUUGUCAUUCUGUGAAAGGGUGGUAUCAGUUCUAUAAGCCCUUAGGGCUAUAGAGACAAAGGGGUUCUAGUUAGAGAUAAUCUAGCAAGAGAAUUAGUGUAUAGACUGCUUUAAAAAGAUAAAGAAGGUUAAUACCUAAUACCACUUUGUUUUUGAGAUAAUAUUUUAAU